UAGUAGCCCGUAGUAUGAUGUUCUAUGAACCUUCAACAAAAUAACACCCUUUUUCAAAUUUUAUUCAUUUUAUUUGAUAACCAUGAAUUCCAAUAUCAUGCUUAACCUCUUUUUAAUAAUUUCCUCGUUAUUGGGCCUGACCCAAGCUGACCCACAACCACUUCAAGAUUAUUGCAUUGCAGACACAACGGCCCAACCGUGCUCUUUCAUGAAUGGGCAACCAUGCUUGAAUCCGGAACUUGCUAGCCCAACACACUUUGCAACUUCGGCCUUAUCAAAACCCGGUAACACGAGCAAGAACGCCUUUGGGUUUAGUGUCAUCCUCACCACCAACCAGAAUCUUCCGGGUCACCGCACUCAAGGCCUAUCCAUGGCUCGAGUCGAUAUUGCCCCUGACGGGCUUGUACCACCCCAUGCUCAUCCACGGGCCUCGGAGGUCACCACUUGCCUCAAAGGCGAUAUCUUAGUGGGCUUUGUCGAUACAUCUAAUACGAUGUAUACACAACGAUUGAGGCCCGGUGAGUCAUUUGUUUUUCCAAAGGGGUUGAUCCAUUUCCUUUAUAAUGUGGACUCGAAAAGCCCAGCAUUGGCAAUUUCUGGGCUUAGUAGUGAAAACCCAGGAACCCAAGUAGUUCCAACUGCUACAUUUACGUCAAAGCCACCUAUGCCAGAUAGAGUGUUGGAAAAGGCUUUUAUGAUUGAUGGACAAGAAGUGGCUAGAAUCAGAAAUCACCUCCAAGGUUAAUCAAGUUCAUGUAAAUAUGUACUGUAUUUAAUUGUUUUUUUUAAUGAUAAUCUCAUGUAAUUACUCAAUUAAUCAUUUUGAAGAGUUUGAUUUUUUUUUUUUCCUUUUCUAUAAAUCACGAAAAAAAGAUGAACAUGAGAAUUAAUGCAUCAUUUAUCGGAUUUUUUUUUCCUAAAAAAAAAACAAAGAAAAAAAAAAGCAAGAAAACUAUAUGUAAUCUUAAAGUUUCAAUUGGUAGGUGGAGAUGAAUGAUGGUUAUAAAGGAAACUCUUAUUUGAUUCAA